AUGUAUCCUGCUGUACCUAAUGCCCCCUCAGAGGAUGAUAUAGAAGAUAUUUGUAUUGCUGCAGCUGUUAAUUCACAAUCACAGCAAUUACAGGAACCAUCAUCUAAACCAGAUUCUGAUAUAGAAUAUCCACCGCCACCUCCCGGUACAAUUAAAUUAACAGUACAAACGGGAGUUAAACUUAAAAGUGGCAAGGUGUUAAAAUCAUAUGUACAUAAGCAAGGUGAUGAUGAUGUAGAGAUGCCAGAAUUAGAAGGUGCUGAUCUUACUGCCCCGUUCAUGACUGUUGGUAUUGGUAAUCAGUUAAUAAUGAAACCCAUUAAUCCCGGAGUACUCAAGGACAUUAUUCAAGGUGCCCCAAACCCCCGUACUAAUCCCUCUGCAUGCCUAAUGUAUCUGAAAAGAAUGUGCUUAGGACAGAAUAUGACACAGAUAGACAUACAGUUAAUUAUAAAUGGAAUAUUAGGGUAUGACUCAGUUUCUGGUUGGGAUUGGUCUAGGGUACCCUCUAUCAGUGAGACAGACAAUGGUACUGGAGUUGGUGAGGCUGGUAGUGAUGGUGUUUAUGAGCUUAGUACUUCAGCAGGAUGUGCUAAAAUGUGGGACGAGGUGGAAGCUGAAAUGUUGAGAUUAUGGAAGAAUAAGCAGUCUAUAUCCACUGCUUUGGCAUGUAAGCAAGGUGCAAAGGAAGAGAUUGGGAUUUUUGUAAAGAGAUUUUACAAGUGUUGGAAGGAUGAGGCAGGUUUGAAGUCUGGAGAUGAUAUGGAUCUCCUUAAAAUACAGCCAUGCCUUGGUAAUAUGUUGCCACAGUAUUCUUUGCUUGUGAAACAGUUGAUUUCAGACUGGGCCAAUUUGGGUGGCUCAGUUUUUCUUACCGAGGUUAUAGAGAAGGAAAAUGCAGGUUGUUUUGACUUAAGAAAAGAUUCAGGAAGUAAGGUUGCUUAUUAUGCUCAGGGAUUGCAACACUGUCCACCUACACAGGCCCGAGAGAGAUUAUGGGAUGGAGCACAUAGAGCCCGUGGAAGGGGAUGGAGACAGGGAAAUCAGGGUUAUAGGGGCAGGGGUAACCAAGGAGGAAUAGACAGGAACACUUGUUUCAACUGUGGCCAGCAUGGCCACUGGAGGAAUGAGUGUCCACACCCCAGGAAACCCCAGCCACCCCAACAACCCCACAAUUCUCAAAAUACGCCUGGUAGACAAGAACAACACCAGGCCCACUCCCAACACCACUGGCCAGCACCUCCCCCUCCGCCCUCACUCCAGCAAACCCAAACUGCACUAGGGACAUUCACAGGAACCACUGACCAGCACACCCAUCACAUCCCAUGGCCCUAA